UAAAAUAAUGGCUCCCACCCCUUACGUAGUGCACUACGAAAGCGAUUUGUAAAAACACAUAACCACGCCCACUGACGUGCGGGGCGGGCGGGGGUUGGGGGAUCAUGGCAACCAUGGGAACCAUUGCACCCAGGAAGUGGGCGUUAAGUCAUGUCCAGGUCUGUGAUGAAGCCCCUGAGUGUUGGAGCUUCUCUUUCUGAGUCUCUCUCACUGCUGCACCGACACCUCCUGGUGGCCGAGGGACAGGGGGCAGAGCUGGCAAAGAAGCUGGGUGUCUCUGGAGAUGAACUGGGGGCGGAGUUGAUGGACAGCUCGCAAUCCGAGGCUCUGGUGGCAAGAGUGUGUCGCCUCGAGAGUCUCUUACACACCCUGAGGCUGAGCGUCUUCCGCAUCGAGACUGCGAGAGAGCUCAACUCGUCCCAUACAGUGCGUCUGCAGGUGCAAUUAGCGGCUCUCCAAGAGCAGAGUGAGGAGGAGCAGCGCUCCUCACAGCGGGAGGCAAUGCGUCUGAGGGAUCAGCUGCAGCAGGAGCGAGAGGAGGCGCACACACUACGGGAUCAGCUGCACGUCUCACACUGCUCUCAAAUGGACAUCGCUGUAGCAGCAGACGAGCUAAAGAAGGUCAAAGUUCAGCUGAGCCUGAAACUCCAUCAGAUGAAGAAGGAGCUGGUGCAGGAGACGGCGGCCCGUCUGGAGGCUGAGCAAUCUCAUGAUGCACUGCUGCAGAGAGUGAAGGAGAUGGAACAGGAGGUGGAGAGAGAGAAAGAACAGGUGAAGCUUCUUCAAGAAGACUGCCACGCCCUAAAUGUUGAGAGACAGGAGGUGAGGGCGGAGCUAGAGGAGAAGACAGAGCUUGUACAGAGCUUGAAGGAAGAGUGUGAGCAGCUGAGGCAGCAGUUAGAGAAGAAGGACAUUCUUGCAUCAGAUCUAUGCGUUGAGUUAAAGUGUGUGAGGAUAAUGCUGCAGAAGCAGCAACAGGAGAACAGUACACUACUCAGAGGCAGAGAAGAACUGAGAGCAGCUACAGAUAAAGUUCAGGCACUGAAUGAUCAGUUAGAGGUUCAGUGCUCUGAUCUGAGUUCAGCUCUUCGCUCUCUGACUGAGGAGAAAGCGCGACUGCAGGCCAGUCUGAAGCUAGAGCAGGAGCGCACUGCCCAGCAUCUGAAGGACAUGGACCUGCAGUUAGACAAAGCCAAAAGGAACAUGCAGUGUGAAGUGCAGGAAACUCUAGCAGAGAGACGCCUGCUAAACAAACAACUUGAAACUCUGAGGGCAGACCAUACCAAACUGCAAGACAGCUCAGCUGCUGCCUUGGACUCAGCUGUCAGUCAUCAGGAGCUGCUGGAGCGAACCAUCAAUCGGUUGCGGGGGGAGCUGAGCAACACAAUUAAAGAUGCGGAGACCAUGCAGAAAGAGAGGGAGAAGGUGAGUGCAGAGCUGGAUUGUGUGAGGACAAACUACCAACGUCUGCAGGAGCAACUCAAACAGGUGGAGGAAGAGUUACAGGUGAAGGAAUGCCAGAUGUGUGUGUUGCGCUCGGAGACAGAAUACGUUCAGCGAGAAAACCUCAGCCUGAAAGAUCAGCUACACAACACACACAUGAAGAACACUGAGACUCUGCAAACUGAACUGAUAGACAAACUGGAUGAGCUACACACACUCAGGAGACAAAGGGAGGCGGAGCUACACAAGGCAAAACAAGAGAUUAACCAAUUGACCAAGCAAGUCGAUGAACUCCAGAGAACAAAGCGUCAUGGGAGGAAGUCUGCUCAGCAGGAGGUGUGUGUACUGAAGAAAGCUCUCGACGGUGUGUCGUGUAGGCCAUGUGACCUCUCGCCAACCAGUUGGGAACUUCGGGAAAAAAUGCGUGAGCUGGAGAACCUCGUGUCCAAUCAGAACGCUCGAAUUAAAGCACAGAAGGUUCCACUAAAGCAGAGAAACAAGACAGAACUGAACAACUCGGCUACGUCUCAGUCACUGGAUCAGCUGCGUAACGGCAUUGCGUCCCUGCAGGCCGAACUGCUCGAUCUCUCCUCCAGCCAGCAGGAGGAGCUGCAUGCAGAAAGAUGCCUCACACACAUACUACAGGAGAAAUGCCAGAUGUUGGAGGAGUGUGUAGAGAAGCUGAAAGAGGAAAGGGAUGAAGCAGAACGGAAGAUGAAGGAGGUCAGCCUCGCGUCCCAGCAGAUAUCUGAGAACCUGCAGGAGGCGCACAGCUGGUUCCGCUCCAAAUUCGACAGCUUGGACGGUAGAUUGGAACAGGACCGGGCCCGGCUUCAGGAGCGAACCGGGGACUUCAGAGGUGACGGAAUUGAGACUUCACCUCCACCUGUGCAGGAUCCCGGCGAGGUGGUGUGUGUGGCUGAGCCUGAGCUGGAACGCUGGGCUUUUACACUACAGCGCUGGGAGACGAAGAAAGAGCUGGACCGCAUGGCCAACGGCUACAAAGCUGCAGCACGAACACACUCGCUGACAUAGCACACACACACACACACACACACACAUACUACAAAAAUGUGCCUUAGUACAGGAACUCAAGCGUAUGUCCUCAGGAUCUCAUAUUUAUUUAUUGUUAAAAACAGAUGAAAAUGAAUAUACAUUUCUAUAUAACUGUGUGACAGUUUUGAAACCAAUCAAAUCAUUGAGUGUUUUUGCUUCAUGUUAUAAACCUAAUACUAAUACUCCAUUAGUUAGAAAUUGCUAGUUGCAGUUGCUAGCCUGUUGUUUUGUUCUUUCUGCUGCCUUGAGAGAACUGUGUUAGCUAGCUAAAUGAUUAGCCUCAGUCAUUAGCUAGUCUGACGUGUAAAUGUAACCGCUUUAAUGAUAAGCGUAUCACGUGUGUAAGUGUAUCGUUCCAUUCCCAAAUUUAUCUUGUUUUAACGUACACUCAUGGGUGAUCAGUCAGCGCUAAGCACCGUGUUAUUUUGGUUAGCACUAUGCAGCUGCUAGUCAUCCAUCCGACUGCUAGGUACCAGUUAAAUCUUUAAACAGAGAUGUUUCAGUGUGUCUAAACCAGGGGUGUCCAAUCUUAUCCGGACAGGGCCGGUGUGGGCGCAGGUUUUCAUUCCAACCAAGCAGAAGCCACACCUGAAUCUAUUGAAAGCCAAGAUCAACUGAUUAAACAGGUGGAAUCAGGUGUGACUUCUGCUUGGUUGGAAUGAAAACCUGCUCCCACACCGGCCCUUUCCGGAUAAGAUUGGACACCCCUGGUCUAAACCAUAAUAUUAAUAAAUCUGUAACUGAAUAAAGUAUUCUAACAGCUGUAUGUAAUGGAAUAAAAUGCUUGGGGGUGUGCUGUUAUAGGGAAAUAAUCCACGACACGGAGGUGGAGUUACCUUUACCACCGAAAAUCUGUUCCUUCAAAGUUACAGUGCUGACUGUUACUAUCGACUCCUUUCCAUACACGUAAACGUCUCCUUACAGAAAACGGCACGGUUAUACGGGUACGGUGGUUACUAUAGGAACAAGAACGCAUUCGAAUAAGCACGUUAAGAUAAACUUGUCAAGGCUGCUGCUACUGAAAAUUCAAAAUCAACACCUUCUGAACCAAUCAGAAAACGAGAAUUCAACACCCUUCCUUCUUCUUCUGGCUAGAACUGUCUGGUUAAAAAAAUAAAUAAAUAAAGUUGUGAAAUUUGGCACAGUGA